AUGGGGCCAUCUCCAAGUACACAAGGGCCAUGGUGGUCAUGGGGAGUUGGAGAGCAGGGCAGGCAAAGCAUAUGGUGGCUUGAGAGGAUGGAAGACGCUGGUGGUAAUGGAGGAGACGGCGGCCUGAGAUUCUCCCUCCAGUUUGAUCCCGGCAAGCCGGGGCUUGGCCGCACUCUGCUCGGCUUCCCCGUCUCUGCUCUGCUCAGUCAUCUCCUAGGUUGGAGCAGCAGCAGCAGACAGGGGACAGGGGAGGGGUCCAUGGCGAUGGCGGCGGAUGGCGGCGGCGAGACGGCGCCGGCGGCGGGUGUUGCUGUGCUCACCUCUGCCUUUGCUGCCUACCUCGUCUCCGUGUACGCGUCCGAUCACCGGCGGCGCCCUCGCCGUCGUCUCCGGCUCCGGCCGCGUCUGGAUGGGCUGGAUUCUUCGGCUAGGCCCCGUGCUGUACCAACGCCCGAUGAUGGCCUCAGGAUUGUUUCGUCAAAUGAGGAAUCUUUGGAGAACGUGAUCCACGGCGCGUCGGUCGGAGCCGGGGACGACGAGCCGGAUAUUGUGGCGAGGGUUGUGAUGACUCCCACCGACGACAUGGCCGCCGGAGCGAACGCCGACGGCGGCGAGACGGGGAACGACGGGCGGUCGGGGAAAGAGCGGGAGGAGGAGGUGGCGAGGGUGAAGGAGCUGUGGCUGUCGCUCAUGGAGCGGGAGCAGAGGCUGCAGCUCCGGCUGGCGGAGCUCGACGAGCUGCGUGAGCAGGAGGCGAACGCGCGUGAGCUCGAGCGGCGCGUCGGCGUCGCCGCCGUGGAGGCGCGGCUGCUGGAGCUCAAGGCCGCCUCGCUGCAGGAGGAGAACCGGAGGCUGGAGGCGCAGGCGUCGGAGCUCGACGCCGUCAGGGCCAAGCUGGCACGCACCAAGGAGAAGCUGCGGGAGCUCAGGGCGCGGGUGGAGCGCGAGCAGGAGGCGGCCGAGCGCGAGGCGGCGGCGCUCCGUGACAGGGCGAGCGAGCUGGAGAGGAACGGCGAGGCGAGGGAGAGCGCCAUGGCGGCGGAGGCCGCGGCGCUCCGGUGCAGGGUGGCGGAGCUGGAGAAGGGCGGCGAGGAGAGGGAGCGCGCCCUGGCGGCGGAGACCGAGGCGGUCCGGCAGAGGAUGGCGGAGCUGGAGAAGAACGUGGAGGAGCGAGAGCGCGCCCUGGCGGCGGAGGAGGCGGAGCUGCGGACGGCGAACGCCGGACUGGAGGAAGAGAACAUGGAGCUUGCGCUCAGGUUGCAGGAAGCAGAGCAGACAGCCUCCACGGUUAAUCUCGUGCUCAAGGAGGACGUCGUCAAGGAGGCUACCCACCUGAGGGAAACCAACGAGCGGCUGACGCGGCAGAUCGAGCAGCUGCACGCCGACCACUGCGCGCACGUCGAGGAGCUCGUCUACCUCAAGUGGGUCAACGCCUGCCUCCGCUACGAGCUGCGCAGCCACGACGACGGCGGUGACGGCGGCGGCGCCGGACGCCUGUCGGCGAGGGACCUGAGCAAGAGCAUGAGCUUCCGGUCCAGCGAGAAGGCCAAGGAGCUCAUGCUCAAGUACGGCACCCACGGCCUCGACGGCUUCGACCCCUCCAUCUUCUCCCCGCUCCACGAGUCGCUCUACAGCGACGACUUCGAGGGCCGCAAGCCGAGCGGCGAUGUGCACGAGACGCCGCGGAGCCCGAGCUCGUCCGUGGCGAUGGCCUCCGCCGCCGCCGCCGCGGGCGGCGCUGCUGCGGACGAGUCCCCGUCGAGACGCAGCGGGCAUGGCAAGCUCAAGUUCCUGGGGAACAUCAAGAAGCUCCUCCCGACCGGCAAAAAAGGGCACGGGCACGGCCGCGGCGACCGGAGGAGCAGCAAGAAAGCGACGGCGCCGCCGCGGGACGAGCACCUAGAGAAGGCGCUGCAGUGGCUCUCCAGCCACGACGCGCUGUACGACGACGACGACGACGACGACGACGAGUCCUACGGGAGCACGCCGCUGACGUCGUCGUGCGAGCGGACGCCGCUGAGCAGCGUGACGACCACGGGCUCCAUGCACGCCCGCAUCGGCGGUGGCGGGGAGACGGCGUCCGCGGCCGCGUCGAGGCUGCUGGAGGCGGAGACGGCACGGACGAGGAGCGACGCCGGCGCGUCCUACGCGCGCGAGCCGGCGAGCCGGUAUCACGCGCUCCGGCCGGACCACCCCGCCAGGGACGGGAGGCAAGACGACGACGUGGGGCCCCGCGCGUCGCCGGAGAGGCGGGAGCUGAGGCGGCGGUCCGAGGAGCUGAGAAGCCCGGCGGCGAUGUACGCGAGUGCACGACGGGGUCCCAUGCAACCACUGCACAGCAACGCUUAACCAGAAAACCUGCAGCUGCAUAUGCGAGAUGGAAUUAAUAUAAUGCAAGUUUCUUUCUUUUUUGUUCUUCUUUUUCCCCUGCUGGUGUGUAUGUUAGGAACAAGUGUAAUCACAUGCUAAAAUGUGUUGUGAAUUGUGAGUCUUGUGACUCAAUUUUAAUGAUCUGUUCUCUAAAGGAAAUGGGGCUGUGACCUGUGUGAGUUUGGAUUGGAACUGCAAGAGGAGGAGAAAUGAGAACAAGUUGGGACUGAUGAAUGAAU